GAACAGUUGCAAACAGCUGAUUGUAAAUGUCAACAUUAAAUAAAGAACGCGGGGUCUUUAAAAAUUCAAACAUAAUUACGUGAAAAUAGUGCAUAGUUGAAGUAGUUACUUAUUAUGAAUCCACCUGCUUCACGUCCCCCCGGGCGCUUCAUACGAGGCCGUGGACGUGGUGGAGGUGCUUACCGGCCAUACUUUUACUUUCGACGGCACGGGCGAACAAUACCAGCCGGUGGUCGAGGAGGAUUCCGUGGAACGGGGAACAUGCCCAAAGCUAGCACCGCUGGCGGCUGGCGUGGUCGUCGCCGUGCAGGACAACAAAACGAUAAUUCCUUAACACACCCACCUGACAUUCGUUUAGAUUCAUCUUUUCUGCGACCAGAGUGUUAUGCAGCGCCGGAAGAUGCCCAGCAUGCAGUACAAAAUAUUCCAGCCAAUAUGCCACUCCAAUGUCCUGGCUGGCAUCUGUACUUUCCACACGAGUCUUAUAAUGAGACAUCGGAGCUGGCGAACCGCAUUAAGGCGAUUGAGGAACAUUAUACCAGACAUGAAGCUGUUUAUGAUUUCAAGCAAAUUCAGUUUGAAAAGUUUUUUAUGUUAGAAGCGAAUAAAGUGUGCGGAGAUGAAGUGCUUAUGAAGGCGUGGCCGCAGAUCAAACAGGAUAUAUUAAUUCAUACUCAGCGUGCACUGGCCACGUUCGGCGCCGCUAUGCACAAAGUGGUAACAGUGGCAGCUGUGGAGCGUACAACCAGCCAAUUGACGUGUAGCACAAAUGUAUAUGUGCCACGCUGUACCCUACCACGAAAGAUAUAUGUGAGACCAGUUGGCUUUCAAGAAGUUAACUUAAUGUCAGAUCUAAAUAGUUCGUUGGUGGAUAGUUUGUGUAGCGUGCGCGGCAUUGUGUAUGCCAUAGGUGCAGUAGAGGCAACGGCCUCUUGGAUUGCGUUCAAGUGCUCGCGCUGUGGCCAAGAGCAAACUCUGAGGCAAAGUGGAUUUUAUAUCACUCGUCCAUACAAUUGCAAACGCGAUGGAUGCCUAGCGAAAAGGAAUUUCAUAGAGCAACGCUCAUCUCCAUUCACGCGCAUUACACCACUGCAAAUAGUUGAGCUUCAAGAGAGCAAUUUACAGUCACCCGUCUAUUUGGAAUUCGAAGCACCACCCGCGCUAAAUGUCGAGCUAAGGUAUGAUUUAGUGGAUAGUUUGGUUUCGGGACAGGAUGUAAUUAUAACUGGUAUACUUAAAAUGCGUUCUUUGAUCGACGAACAAAAUACAUACCCGAAUUCCUCUGCAUCUACGGGAGAAAUCUAUAUGAAAGCUUGCUCCAUACAAGAUGCCAUGCAUUUCGGACACAAUUUCACCCAGCGCGAUAUGGACGCAAUUUCAAUGAUAAACUCUGAACCAGAUAGUUUUAAGCUUUUAGCACAUUCAGUGGCGCCUGAGCUGCACGGUGAAGAAUUGGUGAAAGCGGGCGUGCUGCUAGCACUUUUCGGUGGCUCCGGCUCACAGAUGCACAACGAGUCGGAAAUUAAUGUGCUGUUGGUUGGUGAUCCCGGCAUUGGUAAAUCGCACUUGUUGGAAAUGAGUACAAAUGUUUCGCAAAGAGGCACCCUCUUUAGCGGCAAACGUUGCUCUCCAGCUACACAAUCAUUGGCCACAGCGAUUCAAGGGCGUUCUAAUCAUAUCAUUAACUCUGGCGCACUCGUUACUUCGAACACAGGUCAUUGUGCAAUCGAUGAUCUUGAUCGCUUAGCUUCACAACAAGACAGUCUUCUACAAAUUAUGCAAUCCAAAACUGUUGCAUUGCCAUUUCAUAAUUUAUAUGUUACCAUUACUGCGCCUACCUCCAUUAUUGCUGCGGCAAACUCACUACGUGGGCAUUACGACCGUUCUCGGCUGCUCACUGAGAAUACACGUCUAAGUACUACUUUGCUGCAGCAAUUUCACUUAGUCUUCCUAUUAUUGGACAAGUCUAAUAAAGAUUUAGAUACCUCUUUAACUGAACACAUUAGAGCAAUCCAUGAUGGUAUCAAGAAAAGUUCUACGAUUGCAGCUCGUUUCGCAAUGAAACCAAAAUCAAACAAUUCAAUGAAUUUUUCCCUCACUGACGAAGAAAUAGACGAUGAAAAUUACGAUUUGAGUAAUCGUUUAAAGUUAAAAAACCAAGAUUUUGAAGAGGAGGAGUUAGAUUUGUUGCCGCCUAUUUUAAUGAAGAAAUUUAUUGCGUACGCUCGUCAACAUGUGCGCCCAUUACUAAAUAGCGAAGCCGCUGAAGCGCUGAAAACCUUUUACAUGGGUUUACGUGAAAAAGGAUACGAAGAAAAUCGAUGCGCUGUAAGUACAAGUCACCUUGAAGGCCUCAUCCGACUCUCACAAGCCCGUGCACGCGUCGAUUUCUCUGUUGAAGUGACAAACGCUCAUGUACGUGAUGUCCUAUGCAUUGUACGGCACAGCAUUGCCGAUACCGCGACGAGCAAUUAUAUUGACACAAAUCCCGCCACGGCGAGCGCAGCCACCAGCCAAAGGGGUACGGUGAAAAAAUUCAUACAAAUGUUUCAAAUGCGUUCCAGUGCAUUGGGACGACGGAUAUUCGACUUCGAUGAGUUGAAGGAUAUGGCAACGCGCGCAGGUAUUUCAUGUGGCGUCAGCAAUUUGGUGGAAGUUGUAAAUUUGCAAGGAUAUUUACUAAAGAAGGGACCGAAUAUGUAUGAAGUGAUGGCCGAUUAGUGGCCGGAAAGGAUGAAGAAAUGAAGACAAAUUAGAUAUUUUAAGUAGAUAUUAAUAGAGAAGGUAGAAAUGAAGUAUGUGAAAAGCGUUAAAGUUUUUUGUUUUUGUUUUUAAUUUCGCAGCAAACGAAUUUAAGUUACAUGUAAAUAUAGAAAGUGAAGCUUUUAAAGUAAAUUUA